AAAAGUGAGAAAAAACCUACUCUAUUUUUUUCUCCAACUUAGUAUUUCUUUUUAUUUUGCUAUUUCAGGGAAAGGCAAAAAGAAAAAAAGGAAAAUGACAUACCAACGAGGUAAGUGAAGUGGUGGAAUUGGGUAUUAGGGGUAGGGGUUUUCCGCUUUCUAAUUUGGAUCCAAGUGCGAAGAAGGAAGAAGAAAAGCGAGCAGCGGAACGGACAAACGGGAAGAGAGAAAAUGGGUUGGAUCGGAGACACCGUAGACUCCUUCAAAUCAAUCCAGAUCCGCCAGCUCCUCACCCAGGCCGUCAGUCUUGGUAUGAUUGUUACAUCAGCCCUCAUAAUAUGGAAGGCGUUGAUGUGCAUCACUGGCAGUGAAUCUCCUGUUGUUGUUGUCCUAUCUGGAAGUAUGGAACCUGGCUUCAAGAGGGGGGAUAUUUUGUUCUUGCACAUGAGUAAAGAUCCUAUCCGGGCAGGCGAGAUUGUUGUUUUUAAUGUUGAUGGUCGUGAAAUUCCAAUUGUCCAUCGUGUAAUUAAGGUCCAUGAAAGGGAAGAUACCGGAGAAGUUGAUGUCCUCACCAAAGGAGACAACAAUUAUGGGGAUGACAGGCUAUUAUAUGCUCAAGGUCAGCUCUGGCUUCAACGGCACCAUAUCAUGGGCAGAGCUGUGGGGUUCUUGCCUUAUGUUGGUUGGGUGACCAUAAUCAUGACUGAAAAGCCAAUUAUCAAGUAUAUUCUAAUUGGAGCGUUGGGUUUGCUUGUUAUAACAUCCAAGGACUGACGGCUGAAGCAAAUUCAAGGCUUGGCCAAACUCCAAGGGCAUCCUUCUGUAAUUGCCAACUGCUUCGACCCUCUCCUUUGUAUUGGUCAUGCCGCACUGUAUAAUGAGAACAGAAUACUUUGGUUAUGAUUUGAUAACUUAAAGCCAGAAAUGAUGAUAUAAUGAAGCAGGCUUGAGCAACUUUGGUUUUACUUUCUAUUUACAUGGUACUAUUAGCUAUCCUUCUAAGUUUUUGACUGAUCUUAGUAGCGUUUGAUACGAGGGAAGUGAGAGCAUAUUCUUUA